CACAGCGAGCCAAACAAGUCAAGAAUUUUGGAACUGUAUUUUAAUUUUCCUAUUUUCCUCUUUCUAAUCUCGUGGAGUCACCUUUUUCUCCUUGUAUUUUCAUGAUUAGAAUUCUGCUAUCUUUGAUUGUCAACAUUGAUCUCAACUUUCCUCCAAAAUGUCAAUAGAAAUUGAAUCAGCGGAUGUGAUCCGUCUCAUUCAACAGUACCUAAAGGAAUCAAAUCUAACGAAAACAUUACAAGUUCUUCAGGAGGAAACUGGGGUGACACUGAACACAGUGGAAAGCGUUGAUGGGUUUGUCACAGACAUCAACAAUGGACAUUGGGAUGUAGUUCUGAAAGCAGUCCAGUCUCUUAAACUUCCUGAUCACAAGUUGAUAGAUCUUUAUGAGCAAGUAGUCAUAGAACUCAUUGAGUUGCGUGAACUUGGAGCAGCUAGGACAUUACUUCGUCAAACUGAUCCAAUGAUUGUCAUGAAACAACAGGAGGCUGAUCGAUAUAUUCACUUAGAAAAUCUACUUGCUCGUUCCUACUUUGACCCUCGAGAAGCGUAUCCAGAAGGCAAAACGAAGGAAAAAAGAAGAGCCGCAAUAGCACAAGCCUUGUCUGGUGAGGUCUCAGUGGUGCCAUCGUCAAGACUGUUAGCCCUCUUAGGUCAAGCUGUGAAAUGGCAGCAACUCCAAGGGCUACUUCCUCCAGGUACCACCAUUGAUCUUUUCCGUGGUAAAGCUGCAAUCAGGGAUCAGGAAGAAGAAAAAUAUCCCACUCAGUUGUCAAAACAGAUCAAGUUUGGUCAGAAAUCUCAUGUUGAGUGUGCCCGAUUCUCGCCAGACGGUCAAUAUCUAGUCUCUGGUGCCGUGGAUGGUAUCAUUGAGGUUUGGAAUUUUACAACAGGAAAAAUUAGAAAAGAUCUCAAGUAUCAGGCUCAGGAUAACUUUAUGAUGAUGGAAAAGGCAGUUCUCUGUCUCUCAUUUAGCCGAGAUUCAGAAAUGUUGGUCGGUGGCUCAGAAGAUGGUCAAAUCAAAGUUUGGAAAAUUGCCACGGGACAAGUUUUACGAAAGUUUGAAAAAGCUCACACAAAAGGAGUUACUUGUUUACAGUUCUCCCGCGACAACAGUCAAGUAUUGUCUGCAUCUUUUGAUGCAACAGUCAGAAUCCAUGGUUUGAAAUCUGGGAAAACACUGAAAGAAUUCCGUGGGCAUACUUCCUUUGUAAAUGAAGUAACUUUCACCAUCGAUGGACACAACAUUCUAAGUGCAUCAAGUGAUGGGACAGUCAAGGUGUGGUCUGUGAAAUCAACAGAAUGUAUAAAUACUUUCAAAUCACUGGGAACAGCUGGUGCUACUGUCAAUAGUGUUCACAUUCUUCCUAAAAAUAACGAUCACUUUGUUGUUUGUAAUAGGACCAAUAUCGUAGUCAUCAUGAACAUGCAAGGACAGAUUGUGAGAUCGUUUUCCAGUGGUAAGCGAGAAGGAGGAGACUUCGUUUGUGCAACUCUUUCGCCUCGAGGAGAGUGGAUUUAUUGUGUCGGAGAAGAUUAUGUCCUGUAUUGUUUCUCAAUCACAUCUGGGAAAUUGGAGCGAACACUGAAUGUUCAUGAGAAAGACGUGAUCGGAGUUGCUCAUCAUCCCCACCAGAAUUUACUCUGCACAUAUUCUGAAGACGGGCUUCUUCGUAUCUGGAAGCCUUAAACAACACACUUUGAAAGAAUUUCAAAUUUUAAUAAGAAACCACAGCAAUGAAUCUGCACUGUUAGCUAUGAACUUGCCUCCCUGAAAACAUGCUGUAAUUUUUAGGAGCAUCUAAACUUUGCUUUGAAAGCUUUUAAGUAUGUUAGGUGAUAAUUUUCGCAAGGCAACUACAGCUAUUGCAUGCAUGUGCUGACUUUGAGCAUGUACAUUCAGAUGUUGUGAAAUUUUGAAACUGGUGGUGUCCUCAUUUAAUGUAAAAGGUACAACAACAAA